GAAGGUAAAUGACCGUGUUCUCGUGUUGAGGGCAAAAAAAAGAGAUAAAUUGAGAUCCUUUUCCCUCAACUUAAUGCUCCAGCAGGCUGAUGGGAAUGGGGUCUAGUACACUGGCAAUAUAUAUUAGUUUAACUAGGAAGUCAUGAAUACCACGGCAGUAAUCUCUGGAAAAUAGGCUUAAAUCUUUCUAAGCCAAGUAAAAACAGAAGACGUAAUGACAUAAUAUUAAAAAUUGUUUCAGAAUCUGGUUUUAACGGAUAUUAGUCUUUACGGAAGAAAAUGGCGGUAGGAACGCUGUGUCCAGGCGAGGUUUCUGCACGGACCGUGUUCGAUGUAGCGCAGUAAGUCUGUUCAGGAGCGUGUAUCGCAAAUUCUGUUUUUGUUUUUGUUUUGUUUUUUAUUAUUUAACGAACGAAAUUAUUUCAUGACUGUCUUUAUGACUCGGAAGAGGUUUAAACAUGCGGAUGUUUGAAGGAUUAGUGGGUGCCAUGUUUUAAUACUUGUUUUUUUAGAGUGUGUGUGUGUGUGUGUGUGUGUGUGUGUGUGUGGUUUGUGAUUUACACUCCAUGAACAGACACCUCUCCUUUCAUUUCUGCUGAAGAGUGAAAAGCAGGAGUCAUGGCUCAUGUUUGGGGAGAUGUGAUGGCAGUGCUGCCUGUGACUGAAACUGAGUUCCCCCUUGUGUUCAGUGAGGUAGUUGAACCAAGUGUGCUGGUCAUGUUAGAGCUCAGCAGGAAGGAGCUGUACAGCUCAUUCAGCUCUUAUUGUAUUGAAAAAGCCCAGGUGAUUAUUGAUUACUCCUGGGAGAAGCUCAACACAGGGACAUGGCGAGAUGUGGACAAGGAGUGGAGACGUGUUUACUCCUACGGCUGCUUGUUUAAAGCUGUAGGAACAUGUCAUGGAGAAGCAUCACAAGACAAGGUCCAGGCUGCCAUAAAGACAUGUGACAUGGGUUUGCUAAUGGGCGCCUCCAUCAUGGAUAAUGUUUUGCAAAGACUCAUAGGGGUUCUGAAAAAUAAAGUGACGAUUCCUAGCAAAGUAGAGGACAGUGAACAGCCCUGUCCUAAGAAACUUAGGAAAGAGUUUAUCCCGAAGCCCAUAAUCAACCCCGCCCUGUCAGUACAGAGGGUUCGAUGCCCAGCUCUGGAAAGUUUUCGAUCAGAAUUUCUGGAGCCCAAAAUGCCAGUCAUACUAGAGGGAACCAUUGACCACUGGCCUGCCUUCAGAGAGCACACAUGGAGUAUAGAGUACCUGCGAGCCGUAGCAGGCUGCCGGACCGUUCCUGUCGAGCUGGGAUCCAGGUACACUGAUGAAGAGUGGUCACAGAAGCUCCUUACAGUGAAUGAGUUCAUCGACCGUUACAUUAUGGGCCAGGGGGAGGCUGCUACAGGAUACUUGGCUCAGCAUCAGCUUUUUGAUCAGGUGCCGGAGCUGAAAGAAGACAUCCGUAUCCCUGACUACUGUUGCCUUGGAGAGGGAGAUGAAGACGACAUCACGAUUAAUGCUUGGAUUGGGCCAGGAGGAACCGUCUCUCCUCUGCAUCAGGAUCCCGAGCAAAACUUUCUGUCUCAAGUGGUUGGGAGGAAGUACAUUCGUCUGUAUAGUCCUGAGGAAAGGGAAAAGCUCUAUCCGCAUCAGUCUGAGCUUCUGCACAACACCAGUCAGGUGGAUGUUGAAAAUCCAGAUGUGGUCCAGUUCCCAGACUUCCUCAAAGCCUCCUAUCAGGAGUGUGUGCUUGAGCCUGGCGAAGUCCUCUUCAUCCCCAAACAGCACUGGCAUUAUGUGCGCUCAUUAGAGCUCAGCUUCUCCGUUAGCUUUUGGUGGUCAUGAUAUUAGCCUUCCGUAAUAUUUUUCAACAUUAUAAAUAAAUAUUGUCAUUUCUGCAGUGUUGAAAAUCGUACUGUUUUUUUUUCCAAGCAAAUAGUUUCUGACUGAUUUUGUGAGUACUGUGAAAUAUGCAGCAAAAGUUAAAUAUGAUUUUCUUCCACCCCCUCACCCCCCUUUUGAAGCUGUUGUGAAUGAGCAAAUUUAAACUUUUAAUUCAUAAUUUAUGAGUUCAAUUACAAAACAAGUAGUACAUAGGUAAAUUACCUUCAGUACUGUGUGAAAGUUUUUUUUUAUGCUAAUCAUCUUAGAUGUUUAUUUUAUAACCUCUGCUUUAUUGAGUCAGUAAAAAAUUUGAUUUCCAAAUAUUACUUUAGCAUGUUUGGGUUGGGGGUUCGAUUCCCCAACUCUGCCCUGUUUGCAUGUUCUUCAUAUGUUCUUCCUUA